AUGAUUCAGCAAUUGGUAGCCUUGUUGAUUGUGGUAGGUUCCGCUGGAGCCUUUACCACCACCGGUAUGCACCGGUUGUCCCGCGGUGCUGUUCCGAUCUCCACCACCACAAGUUUGAAUGCUGAACUGGAGGCAAUUCUGUGGGACAUGGAUGGUGUGUUGGCCGACACGGAACGAGACGGACACAGGCCAGCCUUCAACCAAGCCUUUGAGGAAAACAAGUUGGAUUGUGUGUGGGAUGUGGAACGGUAUGGAGUCCUCCUGGAAGUUGGAGGUGGGAAGGAACGCAUGACAGCUCACUGGAAUGAAGUAGGAUGGCCGGAUGCCAUGCCAGAGGACGAUGAAAAACGACAAGAAAAGGUCAAAGAAUUGCAUCUCCGCAAAACUGACAUUUUUAUGGAUCUGAUUGAUCAAAAAGUGAUUCCCCUUCGACCAGGAGUGCUUCGAAUCAUUGAUGACGCUAUUGCCGCAGGGAUCAGACUAGCGGUGUGUUCCACGAGCAACGAAAAAGCAGUGAGAAACCUAGUCAAUACACUCAUGGGUCCGGAACGAGCUUCGAAGUUUCAAAUCUUUGCCGGAGACAUGGUGAAGAAAAAGAAGCCAGCACCGGAUGUAUACAACAUGGCAGUGGAGACCAUGGGACUCGACAAAGCCAAAUGUGUCAUUGUGGAAGACAGUGGUAUUGGAUGGGGGGCUGCCAAAGCUGCUGAAAUCAGUUGCAUUGUGACCAAAUCAUCCUAUACGGCAAACGAAGACUUUACAGGAGCCAACAUGAUUGUAGAGGAGCUCGGUGAUGAUCCAAGUUCGGGAGUCACGUUGGAAACUCUGGCGUCAUUGUUGAAAUAG